AUGGGUCGUCGAGGGUGGGUCUCCUCCGUGUGUCAUAUUUCCUGAUAGUAGCCUUUAUUGUUUCUUACUAUGAUUAACUUUUGUGCGUAUAUUAGCGUCAGAGCCCGUUUGAAAUUCUCGGAUAUCCUUCUCAAAAAAGUCUUAUUGGCAAACAGCUGUUUGCCCUUUGACACUGGUAACACCACACUCGUCCAAGGCCAGCCCCAAUGGUUUGUCUGCGGCUAGUUCAAUGAUUAGCCGACUCUUGUCAACAGUCCCCGCAGGAAUAACUCACCUAACCGUUCCUCUUUGCAAUUGGCGUCCUACGCAGGACAAAGAUCCUUGUCCAGCAACACCGUCCUGCCUAUAAAUCCUAGGAGUCACAGUCAACGCCUGUCGUCCUAUUCACUACGUUACUAAAAGCUUUCGUAAGAGUGAAUGCUGGUAACUGUGGGCAUCCAUAAGAGAUCAGUUCUUCCUACCUUUCGACUGUCGCGAGAGAUUUGAGGCUAUCAGGCUUGUAGUUUGCUUUUCUACAUUACCGACAGAACGAUAGCGAUAGUAAAUAAAGCCUCGUGUACAACCUGUGUUCGCCACGUGCUGUCUUGAAAGCGGUUCAUUAUUCCACCUACUUUGGUUCUUUUUUGGCCGACAGGACGAUACCGUGAGGUGUGGCUCUGUUCAAAAUUUGGACGUUCGUGUCCUGUUGCCUUUCUGUAUCUCAUGUCCCGUCAUUCGGUCCAGCAAACAAGAUCGGACGUAUGGAAUUUCAGCGGAUGAACUAUGCUCUAUAACUUAAAUCUUACCUGCAGAAGCCCGGGCUGUUUAACAACGACCUCGGAAAAGCACUCUGGAGCUGUCAGACACUCCCUUAGACUUGGGACCUUACCGCUUACUGGGGGUGUCACUUCCAGGUGUCUUUAAGAAACCGACAAUUAAGAUAUUUCGAUAAAUUGUACUUGAUACGCUCGCAUUUCUGCCUGGUCUACCUGACUCCGUAUAGCACCUUUUCAGGUCUGUCGUACUCCAUUCUCCGCUUAUGAAGGCCAAGUAUUGGAGACCGAAAAACCAUUGCUAUAUCCUGGGAAACCUUGUCGAGCUCUUACCAGCCUCCUCUUCCCCUGCUGGCAUCAUCGACUGACUUUCACCACGUCUCAAUUAAGACCGCGUAACCAAGACUGUGCAUAGUCGCAAACCAUGUGGGACGACCACCUACAUGUGGUGUAUGCUAUGCGCUGCUUUCCUCCAUUUUCAUUGCUAACGGUUGUAAACCACCCCUUCGAAGUGUUUGCUUAUGGGACUGUAGUUGCCUUGCGUAUCUCUCGGCAUUUGGACGUCAGACUAUCCAGCGUUUUUUUUUCCGGGAUCUAGUGUCGAUACAUCCCCUUGGAUUUGGUGAUGUCUGCCAGCGUUGCAUCAACUAGCGAUGGCAGACCUCCAGAGAUGUAGAGUGCGAUCGGGUCUGCUUUUAUGAUUCACCCGUUCCAGUUUCAAGAUCGCCUCUCUAAUCCAGUUUAUCUUAAAUACAUUGAUUGUAUGAGGCUACGAAAGUCUCCCACCGUCAUUCCAAUCAUCCGCGUGAAGCGUUGGAGCAUAGCCUGAGACUACUACUGCGCAGUUUUGACUCAUCCCUGCAUUCAUGUUACGCAAAGAACAGACAUUUUUCCAGCUCCUUAUUUACUUUGUCAUGGGGUGCGGGCGUCAUAAGGUUCGUCAGGGUUGUAACGAUGACUUUUAUGUAGAUGCUCAGCAGACGUCGGGCCCUAAGACCUAGCCCUUGUGGAUAUAGAGCCCAAUUUCGAUCGAAAGUUGUCUGUGCCGUUGAACUGAAUGAUUCACAUCGUUUACCGUUUUGCCUACGCCGUUGAGAGAGGUAUGUCUGCUUCAGGCCCUUAAGCUUAAUUCCCAGCUAGGUAAAAAUGCCUUUCUCCUCGUUUCCAGCGAGUUGCUACCCACUGAACGCAAUACCCCCCCCCCCCCACAUUAUCGUGUAGUCCUAUGUCAUACUUGAUUGCAUUCACCGCUCAUUAGCAGAGGAUAUUUUUGACUGUGUUUUAGGUCACCCAGUCGUCCGGCUGCGCGUCCUAUGCCGAUGCGGUCUCCACCGCCACCGCCGCCGCCUCAGCCUGCUCCAAUGCAGCCACAGCAGCCGAGUCUCUUUAAGCAGAUGGCUGCUACAGCAGGAGGUGUGGCAGUGGGGUCUGCCGUCGGUCACGCUGUGGGACAUGCUCUAACCGGCAGCAGCGGUUCACAGCCAGAAACCGUUUACGCCCAGCAGCCAGCUGCCAACCCAGCACAAAAUCCUUGCCAGUAUCAAAUCGAUGAGCUCGUUCGCUGUUCGGUGAACCAGUCGGAUAUCAACCUCUGUAGUGGAUUUGCGGAGGCACUCAAAGAGUGCAGGAGAAGCUACAACAUCUAUUAG